AUGGAAAACGAAGAAGAACUUGGGGCGAAAUUUGUUGCCACCUAUUAUAGAUUGAUAUAUAGAUGUCCUUCGGCUAUACCCAAACUUUACGAUACUCAUGCAAUUUUGAGGAGAGAUCCACCAAAAACUAAUUUUCAAAUUUGCUUAUUACAACAUGAAUUAAUUCCUUUUAAACCAAAUGAAAGCAUUGUUAAAAUUUUUAGAUAUGUAACAUAUUCUGCGGGCGAAAGCCUUGUUGUUUCAGUAUAUGGUUCAAUUUUCAAUAAUUUAGGUCCAAAAAUGUUUUUCCAGCAGUUCAUGCUCAAGAAAAAUGGACUUGUUUGGCUUAUUCAUAGCGAUAUUUUCUAUAUUUUUACAUCCCAAACAAAUGAAGUUUUAUAUGGAAUAUUUGAACAGCCUCAGCCACCUGCUUUUACCCCAAUUCAGCAACCAGCCCAAUCACAGCAAAUCGUUCCCCAAUUCAAAAGAAUCUCUCAAAGCGCAAAAAGAUACGAUAAUUUCGAUCCAGAAAAAACCAUUACUAUUAUUAAUUUACCUAAUACAUAUAAUGGAAAUGACGUUGUCGCUGCCUUUAGAUGCUAUGGCAACGUAACAAGCAAAUAUUUUACUCAUAAUACAGUUUAUAUUGAAUUUGAAAACGAAGAAGAAGCAGAUGCAGCAUGUAAUUCCAGAUUACCACUUAAUAUGCCUAAUAACAGCCAUAUUAAAGUCGAAAAAGGAAUUGCCCAGAAAGAGUCGAGAGGUUCUUUCCCAGUACGUAAAUAA